UGGAUUCUGAAGAUGGUGUAGCCAUUGAAGCUCCGGGAAACCUCACCUUAGACACAGACUUCCUUCUAGGACAAGACCUUGAGUUUGGUGAUCCUGAUCAUGACAACAAGAUUCUAGGCCUGGAAAAGUUCUCAGGAGAAAUGGAACUACCAGCUCACAUUUCCCAGCACGGCUCUGUCAGAGAGAGUGAUCUGAAAAAUGGAAAAGUAGAGAAAGGAGCUGCGACACCAUUAUUAUAUAAUGGUCAUAAAAGUAGGACCAUUACCAUCAAGGACACCAUUAUAAGAGGGCAUUUAUUCAUCAUCAUCAUCUGCUGCCUCUGCUCCCACUUCCCCACUGCCAUUAUUGUUUCCCCCUCAUCAUCAUCAUCUACCAUCAUCAUCAUCAUCAUCAUCUACCCUCAUCAUCAUCAUCAUCAUCUACCCUCAUCAUCAUCAUCAUUAUCAUCAUCAUCAGCGGCAGCAGCCUCACCAUUAUAGUCAUCAUCAUUAUCAUUAGGCUUGGUAAUCAUCCACGAGGGGGUUCCAUGGGGCAGGAUAAAAGGGCAGUCUCGACUCUCGCCUUCCUCACAUCAUGCCUCGGCAUCUGUGAAAGAAGGAGGUUUUCUUUUGGCUUGUUUGCUUUCAGAAGCACUCACCAAAGAGUGUUAUCUCUUGAAGUCUAGAAGCUUUUCUUCCAACCUUCUGUGUCUUUCUUUUUUGUCUUUUUAUUGUCUGAAAACCUCAGAUGACAUAACAACAACUAAAAUACAGUUGACCUUGCAGGUAGCACUAAGUAGCUGCUGAGAUCGGUUUCUCUGUGUAUCCUCUGGGUGAUGAGGAGAGCCCUGCCUACAGCCAGCUCAGCAUGGAAAGUGAAACGGACAACUCCCACAACACAACUGACAACUGUAGGGAAGACGAGGGCAGAGCAGCCCAGUCCGAGCCCAGUUUUCCUCCCUACCUGUCCUGCAGGGGCUGCGGACAGCUCCGUGAUGAACCUCUGGGACCUGGCAUUGACCUAGUUGGUCCAUACUGCCUUAGGUGCUGCAAAGCCUCCAGGGAAGCCAAAAGUACGGACUUCUGUUCACCGUUUGGAAGCAUCAGCGGGAUUCGCUCAGGAUCCCAUUUGCAGCUUGAUGGUGAUGGGAUGGGAAAUGGGAUGGGUGACAAAGCACUGACAGCUGAGGACAAAUUGCCCAAACUGCACUCGUGUCACCUCUGUGGCUUCUCCUCGCGUUACGCCAACCAUGUGAAGCGUCACAUGAAGACACACAACGGGGAGAAGCCCUUUAACUGCCCCUUGUGCACUUACGCCUCAGCCCAGCUGGUGAACCUGCAGAGACACCUGCGCAUUCACACUGGGGAAAAACCUUACAAAUGUGACCGCUGCACUUUUGCCUGCAGUUCCCUUGGCAACCUCAAGAGGCACCAGCGCAUGCAUGUGCCCUCUGCAGGGGCGGCACAAGAUGCACCGCCACGACCUGGCAGUGGCCAAAACAGCCUGAAGAGGCAUGUGACUGGGCAAAGACCCAAUGAGGAAGUGUCUGGUGCUUCAGCCAAGGUUUCAGAAGUUGCAAGGCCGACUUCAAACCUGAGUUUGGGAGCCCAGAACAAUGACUACCUAUCAGCUUUUGAUGGCUUAAAGGGGGCAUCACCACCACCCAUACCUGCACCUGGCCACCAGCCUCCACCCUUGAUGGAGAGCACAGGCAGCAGUGACAGCAGGGCGACCAGAGAGGGCGUAGCAGACGGUGCCGCCCUUCCACCUUCACUUUUCCCUUUCACUUGCCGGUUGUGUGGCAUUGUCCUGGAGGACGAGGAUGGCUCCUCGGCCCAGAUUUGUGCAAAGUGUACCCUUGAAAUGCUGACUAAAGACUCUUCAUCUCCCAACAGCCCUGGUGAGCGCAGUGACAAGGUGUAUACCUGCGCCGCCUGCCCUUUCCUCACACACUACCCAAACCACUUGGCACGCCACAUGAAAACUCACAGCGGCGAGAAACCAUAUAAGUGCCCACAAUGCGACUAUGCCUCAGCGCACUUUGACAACCUCAAGCGCCACCACAGAGUGCACACAGGCGAGAAACCUUACAAGUGCCAUUUGUGCGAUUACGCCUGCGGGAACCUGGCCAACCUGAAGCGCCACCAGCGGGUGCACUCGGGUGCAAAGCCCUUCCAGUGUGCCGUGUGCAGUUACAGCUGCAAUCAGAGCAUGAACCUGAAGCGGCACAUGCUUCGGCACACAGGAGAGAAGCCGUACAAAUGUCAGGAGUGCGGCUACACCACUGGCCACUGGGACAAUUACAAGAGACAUCAGAAGAAGCACGGCCUGGCAACAGACGGCUGGGUCAAAGUUCCGAUGACUGGCAACGAUGAAGAAGAGGAAGUAAGGAAAGGGAUGGGAGUCGGCGGUCAAACUCACAGAAAAGAAACAGGGGUUGAUAUGCAGUAUAUGUCUAGGGAGGGAGGUCAGACAAUACAUUCAUGCUACAAACUUGAGAUUGUAUAAAAUAUAACUCAGCAAAAUUAAGCUACCAGCAACUUGUUUUUUUUUUUUUUUUUUUUUUUCACAGAGCCUUUAUAUUGUUUGUGUAUCAGUCUUUGUCUUAUGUCAGAUGUCUUCAGAGGCUGCUAAUUGUUUAUUUGUAGAAUCUUGCACAAUUAUGAAAAACAAUUCUUCUGAAUAUUUUGAUCCUUUUUGGAUUAAGUAAGGUGGAUGAGUAUGUUCAGAGUUUGUCUUCUAUUCUGUGUUUGUGUCAAGACGAAUGGACUUUCUCUACUGUGGAAGUCCGUUGACUGUCUCAUUCUAUAUGUUACACCACACUAGGUUAAUUCUAACAUUUCCCUCAUAUUACAACAACACAUAUCUGGCGCUUCAUUCUAGGACAGAGAACACUACCAAAUACUCCUCAAUACAUGGAACUUGUGCACAUUUUUGCCUAAACUGUUGAGCUGCACUGUGUAGUUUAUAUAGGUUAUAAGUUCAACAAUUUUUUAUCAGAGUUGUUAGUAUCACAAGUUUAGGUCAAACCUUUUCGUUUUGUACCAAAGAUCUCAUGAAAUAACUUGAAUGUUAUUGAUAGGAUAGGAAAAACAAAAUCUAUCACAUUUACCUGACUAGCCUUCAUGAGGUUUUCUUAACAAGGAAUUCGAUUUGAAAUAUGUGCUAAGGUUAUACAUAGACUACACAGUGCAGCUUUAAGUAAAGAUGGGUCCUUGUAAGGGCCAAUAUUGUGCUUUGUUUGCACUGGGGCACAAGCUCUGGUAAUGGCAUGCCUUCAGAUUAAUUUACUAAUGUAUGUACUACUAGCAAAGUGCUAUUUAAUAGUACUGGAAUUGUUUUACCCUUGAUAAACUAUAUUGAUUAAUUAGGUUGUGUUUAAUCUAACUAAAUAAUCUCCAGCGUCUUGAACUAUACCGUCAUACCCCUCAGGAUUAUAAAAUGGGAUUUUGAAGACUAAAUGUUGGUUGUUCUAGUUAUUUUCACACUAAAAUUGCAUGCACAAGCAUUUUGAAAGGCCCUCUUCGGUCUUGAUGUGUUUGUAUGGUUAAAGAGAAAGCACAAUUAUAUAUACACACAGUUGCAUUUGGAAGGGUUAGGACUAAGUUGUGGAGGGGAAAAAAAAGCAUUGGUUGACAUCUCUUAUGUGAUUCAGGAGUAACAUAAAUCGUAAAUGAGCUUGUUCAAAGGAUUUUCUCCCCCACAAACUUGUACAUGCUACAUAUCAUCAAUCUUUAAAUUUCUAGAACUUAAAUUUGUUAAGUCUGGGUCUUUUUGAUGGAGACUGUUUAAUCACCUUCCUUUUGAUUACUGUUUACUAUUGACUGUGAAAUUAGCCCAUUCUUGUUUUUUACUUGAAAAAAAGAUGACACUAUUAGUAAGCAUGUGAGUGUAUAACAAUUGUUUUAUUUUUCUGUGGCUGUAACACACUGCUAGAAGUGCAUACUUUAACAUAUAAAAUUAUUUUUUAUUUUU